AUGAGACUUUGGAGCAUUUAUUCUUUGAAUUCCCUCGAGCCAAAACAGUCUGGACACUGGCACAGAUGGACUUGGACGGACUCAAAGAAGAUAUCUACUCGUUUUAACACUGGUGGGGAAAGUUGUGCAAGGGCAAUUUCUUUGUUUUGUAAUGGUUCAUGUAACCAGCUUGGAGUCAUAAUUGAGUGUACCACUCGUCCGCUCGUCCACUCAAUUGCCAAAACCUACGGACCACUCCCGGACGCAUCGAACUCGAUCCUCACCCCACCCACCGUCAACCCCGCGCAACCCGUCCUCGGCACCAACGUCACCAUCAAAACCUCGUCCUCCUCCACACCCAACUCCGCCACCACAUUCGACAACCCAAACCUUUGUGCCCCUCUGGCCGACGUCACGACGACAUCAUCAUCAUCGUGA